CAUUGAACAAUUAGUGAUCCCAAUAGCUGCCCUCAAAUGUGAGUUACAACAAGGCACAUACUAUGACAUAGUUGUGGUUGUGUUCAAAAUAAACCGAUCGUUCACAAAUCACCCAUCACGCGGCUGCAGAUGUGAACGUGAGGCGAGUCGUUACAAGAGCUGAACACUGAACUACAACGCCGAGCACAGGACUACACAAGAUGUCUGUUGAGCUCUACUCUCCGAGUGGACCAGGUGGGACUAAUGCAAGUCUUCAAGGCACCACAGUGGGGGGCAGCAAACCUUUACAUCGCUUCAUUAGGGCGCAACCCAAGAUUACUGGCAUCAUUGUGCUGGUCUUGGGCUCAUCUUUAUGCAUUGUUUCCAUCUCGAUCACGCCAAGCUCUUUUCAACACAUACGGAAAGUCAUGCUGGGAGCACUGUUCAUCAUAUGUGGGAUGAUGUAUAUUCUGACAGAGCACCACCCGACCAAGAAAACAGUAACCAUAUCGUUGGCUCUGAGUAUUGUGACCAUACUUGGGUCAUUUUGGACCGUCUUGUACACCCUGCCCUACUUAGCACACUUCCACUACAGAGACUAUUCAGACUUUUUAGAAUACAAUGUCACAGAUACUGAGGAAGUAUGGUCAUCAUAUCAUGAGGCCAUGGAAAUGACUGUGGAAAUGAUCUUCUGGGUCUACGCUUUUGUUGGUGCAAUUAUUUUCAUUGUAAUGUCAGUUCUUGCCGGGGCUGCCCUGCGUUCCACAAAGAGCCAGGCCAUUCUAGAGAUGACUGCUAUGCCGACUGAACCACAGCAGCUGAAUAACGAGCACAAGAGGAACGUCUGAAGUGCAUACAUUGAGCAGAGAGAAGAAACAUGACACGCACUAAGACAGCAAAUUAUUUCUCUGUGGGCACAACAGGAUUCAAUAUUAACCACUUCUGACUAGCAUGUUGUGGUCAUUGUAUACAAUGCAAUACAAAUAUGUAUGUGUGAUACGCAUUGCCUUGUGUUUCUGUGAGCUAUAACUAUGUGAGCUCUACAUUUCCCUGCUACUUACCCUGCAGUCUGGCAUUGGAUGACCUGUCUCCACAUUAUGUUUGCACUACUACACCACGGGUCCAAACUUGUGUGAGCUAUUUUAAUUUAAAAAACAAUCAAAUUAGUCUAGGGCAGGCUUAAACUGAGAUAAGCUUGUUGGUGCUCUGGUUAGAGUAAAUAGGUACCACUUUUUGAUAAGUCUUUAUAAGCUAUAACCAAUUACUUUAUUAAUGGUCUAUAGAUUUUACUAAUUUACUAAUGCUUGAUAGAUCAGUAAUCUGCCAUUAAUAAGAAAAACUUUUGGGUUGUUCACCUCCAUCCAGGAUGACAUUAUUUGCUUAGCUUGGUUCCAGACCUCUGAAUCACUGUACACAUAUCCAAUUUUCUUCAGCAAUAUACAAUAGCAGAUAUUUAAAAAAUGGCGAUUUUGUCUGAUCAGGCUACUGUUUGACCACUUACUUUUUGAAAAGGUUUGUCAGAACAUCUGGACCAGAAUUCAACUAUGAACAACUUAUUAACAUACCUAAUAUUUGUUAACUAUUAACCAUUAAUGACCUAUUAACUUUCAUAAUUCCAGAAGAGUUACAAACAAGUGAGAAAACUUGAUUCUUUAUUAUUGCUUACUCCAGAACUGCAUUAUUACCAAAUGGAAACACAGCCAUGUUAACUCUGAAACAUUUUAUGAGUAGAGAAGGAGUGUUUUUUUAUUACAACAGAGUGGGAACAUCUGAACAUGAAAAUGUAAUGUCAACAAUUCCAACCAUAAACAUCUCACCUCUGGUAAACUGUUCUCUAUGCUUUAACUAUCUGAAGUGUUGAACACAGAAUGAUGUGAUCCUUUUCCACCUUCCUGUCCCUUCCUGAAGACGUUUGGCAUAAACAAGGCAGAACAUGCACAGAACUUCAUGGCUGCCCUUGAUACUUUUUUUUAACCAUGUCAGAUCAUGUUUCAGCACCAUUAAGUACAAACACUAUGACACCCAACGUGAGAUAUAUCACUAAUAAAUGUAUCUGUAAACAAAGAAAA